UGUAAACUCCGCCCAGUGGAGCCGAAAAUCUCUUAUCACCGGUCAAACAUGUCUGCCAGCGGGAAUCACGCGGCAAAGAUGCGCUGAGGAUGCCGUUCAGUAGCGCGAGUCGCGACGCGCUCAACGCGACUGCGGGCGUUGUGAUACAUUGUGUCGAGUGCGACAUAGAGGAAUGAUUUUCAAUAAAAUCGUGUUUGUUUAUACUGAAUAAAGGCCUAGAUAUUGACUGCCGCUGGAGCCUGAGGCUUGAUAUCAAACGUCGCUGAGAUCGGUGAGUCAAAUUAAUCGUUUGACCGGAAGAAUUAAAAUAAACACGUAAUUUUCUCGUUUUGCACGCAUUCCCCUUUGGCUUGUUUUUUUCUCUGGUGGUAGUAUUAUUUUUGCUGCGGGUCUUUUAUAAUAUUAAGUCAAUUACUAUAUGAUAUUUUUAGAAAUAUGAGCUAGAUUAGGUUCGAAAAUAAUGAGGACAUCUUGCCAGUCAGCUGAACUGGUUGUCUUCUCAAGGUGCACAAUGUUUUGUGAUGGACAAGAUGAGAAGGACGUGUUUCCAGCUAUGACCAUUCAAAUGCACAGUGACUCCCACUCGUGCCGUAGAUGUCCUCCCUAGAGCUAACUUUAUUUCUCCUAGUCACCCCUGCUAUCAUUCCCCUCUCCUUUCUCUCAUGCCUAUUACUCCCUCCUCACUGCAUCUCUCCUCUCUAAUCUCUCUCUUCUCCAUCCCAUUGACUUUCCUUUCCUCCCUUCCUUUCUCACUCACCCUGUCACUCCUGUUCUGUGUCUGAUGUCAUAAUGGUGUGCUGCGGUCGAGCACUGGACUCCCCCUGCACUCUGGCUCUGUUGGUGGGCUUCCAGUUCGCAUUUGUCCUCUAUUUCUCCCUGGGAGGUUUUCGUGGCCUAGUGUCUGUUUUGGUUCAUUCCACUGAGCCGGAGUUCGACUACUCUCGACCGCAUGACGUCUACACCAACCUCAGCUCUCUUCUGCUCCACCACCCAGGACCCAGUAGACCAGAACAGCUGCUCAGACACUGUAUUCUGCCCUCUCCACUGCUGGUGGGCCCCGUUUCUGUCUAUGUCUCUUUACCCCCCUCCCUGGAGGAGAUAAAAGAGAAGAACCCCUUGGUGACCUUAGGGGGUCAUUACCGCCCUCCAGACUGUGAGCCACGUCACCACACAGCCAUCGUGAUCCCCUACCGGAACCGGCAGACCCACCUCCGCGCCCUCCUCUACCAUCUGCACGCUUUCCUGCAGCGCCAGCAGGUCCACUACGGCAUUUACAUUGUGCACCAGUCAGGUAAUUCUACGUUUAACCGGGCAAAAUUGCUGAAUGUCGGGGUGCGUGAGGCACUGAAAGAGGAGGACUGGAGCUGUAUUUUCCUGCAUGAUGUAGACCUGCUCCCUGAAAAUGACCACAAUACUUACACCUGUCACCCCCAGUAUCCUACACACCUAUCCGUGGCUAUGGACAAGUUCAGAUACAGGCUUCCAUACUCGCAAUACUUUGGAGGUGUGUCUGCUGUAACCCCAGAGCAGUACCUCAAAAUGAAUGGCUUUCCUAACCAGUACUGGGGCUGGGGAGGGGAGGAUGAUGACAUCGCAGCUCGAGUCCGUCUCUCUGGAAUGAAGAUAAUGCGCCCCCCUUUGGCCAUUGGUCAUUACAAGAUGAUCAAACAUAAAGGAGAUCAGGGUAAUGAGCAAAACCCUAGAAGGUUUGACUUGCUGAAGCGCACCAGACUGAACUGGCGAUCAGAUGGACUGAACUCGCUUACGUAUGAGCUCCUGUCCAAAGAUCUAGAGCCAUUAUACACUAAUUUAUCAGUCAACAUUGGGAAUGAUCCCCUUCAUCCCCCUGUAAAGGCUCUGCCCCUGAAGUCAGAGCUUCAAGCCACACUCACUAAUAAGACCAAGACUAAAGUGGGUGUGGCCUCCACAAAUGCUCCAAAAUUAGAACGCUCCCAUUUGAAAGCCAAUAACGAAAGUUCAAAUGCUCUUCAGAAUGCUCCUGUGAAACGAGAAGUAGGAUGAUAUCGAUAAUCAAGUUCCCACACCGCAGUUGCUUACAGGGUGAAUUGUUUUUGGAUAACUGAUGGGAGGAAUACCAGUUUGUUCUUUAUUUUUACAUGGAUUUUGUUGUGAAGCAUUGCUAAGCAUUCUCACAGACAAUUUCAUUUCACUGAAGGUGUUCAGCCAUCUCUGAAUGUCUUCAAACACUGAAAUGCUGACAUUUGCACAAGUCUGGAAUUAUUUGCUGUUUGAGACUGGGCAGAGUUGUAAAAUGCUCUUGAACGUGUUCUAUCGAUAAACUACAAUAACCGUGCAAGUCCUGUGUGUUUUUUGAGGCAUCCUGCUGCCAGCUGCUGCUCUUUACCCCACUGUGUGGGUCUGUUUUUCUGUGCCUUUUCUUGCCCUUGAACUAGUCUAUUGUUAACAUGCCAUGACCAGUGUUGGGUAAGUUACUUAAAAGUAGUCCACUACAAUUUACUAAUUACUUCUCAAAAAAAAAAUAUAUAUAUAUAUAUAUAUAUUUAUAAAAUAUAUUUCUGCUCAACAAAUUAAAAAAAUGACUAUUUCUUCCAUGUUUCCUUCUGUGAAUGGAUGAAUUUGGGAACGUAAUUCAUGUUUUAAAUGUAUUUACAUAGUAUUAUUAAAAAUAAAAAAAUGUACCUUAGUAAUGUACUUAAAAGUAAUUGAAAAUCAGUAACUAGUCUAAAUUAAAUGUUAUGUUACACUACAUUUUGACUGAAAAGUAAUCGAAUUACAGUAACAUUACUUUGUAAUCAGAUUACACCUAACACUGGCUAUGACUCUGUUAAAAAUGAUUACUACUCACUAUGGUUAUUAUGACAUGUUUAAUACUAGAGGUCAGUGCUUAUUCCACAUCCUUAUCUAUUUCUCUCUCUUUUUUUUCUCUUUAAUCUGCACACACUGCUUUGUGGUCUAGUGCUUGAGCAGACUUGUAUCACUGUGCUCUAUUUUUGGUCUUAUUUAGAAAUUACAAAGUGUGAUAUUUGAUACCAGUUAACACUGGUUUAUGUUCUGUUUUAGCUGCUCGGAUACCUAUCAAUGAUGCAGUGUACGAGUAUGUUUAUUUUAGGUAUUGUGUGGUGCCUUUGGGUUCAGUUUUGAUUGUAGACAAUCACUGGGAUAAGCAUAUAGAAGUUAGGUUAUUAAAAGAUAGCUUUGAUUUCAGGCAUUACAUACUAUGUUUUAAUGCAGAUGUUUCUGUUAAAUGGAAUAUAUUUAAUGAUUUAGGUUGAAAGUGUGACUUUAAUGUAAAAAAUCCUGCAUAUUUUGCUAUUUUAUAGAAAUUAAACAGGUUAUGGGAAAACGGGUCAAGGUAAGUUAAAGUGAGUACAGGGAGUCAAAAAUAGGUUGGACUGUAGCACUACCUUGGCAUUAUUUUCCACCACAACGUACUAUAAACUUAAGACAAAAAUUAACCUAGAACAGUGAAUAUGUCCUACACGGAAAUAUAAUUUACUGUUAAUGAUGGUCUUAACAUGCUUUAAUCUGAUUUUUAUGGAAAUGGUUUUGCCUAGUCACACAGAGAAAGCUGCUCACUGGAAAUUCACUUGAUCAUAAUGCAUAUCUUACUCAUUGUACAGUAUGUGCAACAUAUUUCACACCUAGAUAAACAUUUAAAGUUUGAGUACAUUUUUGUUUUCUGAUUUUGAUACUGUGCUUAGAUUGAAGAGACAAGUUGUUCAUUGAGCCUCACCUUUUCUUUAUUUGUUAUUAAAACUAGCAAAGGUAUAACUAUGAGAUGAAAAUAUUAUUUGCCACUAUUUUGUUUAAAGAUAUCAAUUAAGACAGCAAUCCGAAAUAUGCUUGCAUGUGGCAGAGAAAUGUCUUUACUCUUAACAUAUUUGCAAGAUUAGUAUAUAUUUAAUAAAAGUACAUAGAUUUGAAUCUGACAUUUGGUAGUGGGCUCUAGCUACUGGAACCAAUAUUUACUAUUUUGAGGUGAUUUACUGUGUAAAAAAAAUAUGAUUUUGAGAGUUGUUUAUUAUUUUUUUUAUGUUUGAUCACACAAUAUGUUGAUUCAAAUGUGUUCCUUUGACCAUGAUUGACUGUUGAUUUUUAUUUUUUUUAUAUGCUGUAUAAAAAAAGACUAUGAUGUUUCCAAAUGUCACCCCAAUUGACUCGUAGGUUGAAGCUUUGCCAGUGUCAGUUACGUAAAGGUUUAAAAGCUGCCUGCUGCCAUAGAUAGGAUGCAAGUACAAUUGAUCUGUAAUCAUGUGAAUAAAUGCAUUGUAGACAUACAACAUUGUGACCUGACUAUGUAACCUUUUGAUUGUAUGUUUUUCAUCAGAGAGUGGUCUUUGGUUCUGAGACUGACUUGCAGGAUUCACCUCCAGUUCCCCGAGCUUACAGUGUCUGCUGGUGUUAAAAUCUCUUUUUUGCUGCCAAGCACCAAAAAUAUAAACCGAUGACUAGUGAAUCAAGCAGAUGAUGUGUUCUAAGGGGACUACAGGUGUGUCAGUGCAUUUAUUGA